CAAGUGAACGCGAACUUUUAGAAUUGAGCAGCCCUUUAGAUUUGUCGUGAGUUGCAGGGUCGGCAGCUUCUUCGAAGCACCCAUCAUGCACACAUCAUGCUCGCUUCCAUUCGGUCACGAUCCGUCACGCCGUGACUGGAAUUCUGUGCCUGUUGUACCUGCUGGUACAUUGCGACUCAUGAUAUGACCUUAUCUUCCCAUAUCUAGGUUGUAGAGUUUUGGUGAUGAGUAUAUCUUUCAUCCGAGUCAUUCCCUCGUGCCACCAUGAUUGCACGGCAGGAUGACGAGGAGACGCCUUUUCUGCAACGGCCAGAGCAGGCAAUAACUAGGACGCCUCUACCCUGGGAUCAAUUUUCAAUUAUACUGUUCUUGGAGAUGUUAGAUCCUCUUUCUUCUCAUACCCUUGCUCCGUUUAUUCCCCAACUCGUUAGAGACAUUGGAGUGACUCACGGAGACGAGUCCCAAGUCGGUCGCUAUGCCGGCAUCCUUCAAUCAUCAUACUAUGCAGCUCAUGCACUGACUAUUUUUCAUUGGAGUCAACUGUCCGACCACGUUGGGCGAAAACCUGUAUUACUGAUAGCUCUACUAGCAAUUUCUGUCUCGAUGUUUUCGUUUGGGCUGUCGAAGACUUUCCUUGAUCUCGUGGUUAGUCGUGUUAUCUGCGGAGCAUUUGAUGCAAGCAAUGGUAUCCUCAAGACCAUGGUGAUGGACAUCACUGACAUGACCAAUAUGCCUGAGGCAUACGGUUAUGUACCAAUUCCGUGGAUGAUUGCAAAAUCACUUGGACCACUCAUUGGCGGCUCGCUCUCCCGACCAUCAGAUAGAUUCCCCGACAUCUUUGGGCGAUCAGAACUCCUGAAAACCUACCCGUAUCUCCUACCAUGCUCUAUUUCGGCAUUGGUUGCAUUAAUAGCUUGGCUAGUCACGUAUUUCCGUCUCGAAGAGAGCGUUUUUACCAGGACACCGCUUUGGGAACUAAUUAAAGGAGGAUUCUUUGCAAAGCCUUGCCAGCCAUCGAGCAAUCUUAUAGUUGAUCCUAGCGAAGCGAAUCCUGACGGAGUCCAAUCAAAGCCGCUUCCGCUACGUGCCUUGCUGACCUCGAAAGUUUCGAGCGUAAUAGCAAGUUAUGCCACCACAGGCUUGCUUCAAAUGUCGCUCAGUUUGGUCCUACCUAUUUUCUAUGCAACACCUAUUGAACUCGGUGGUCUUUCCCUUGACCCUCCUCGCAUCGGCGCUUUGCUUGCGGCACAAGCCAUCGCGCAUGGCAUAUCUCAGUUACUUUUCUAUGCUCGUUUGCAUGAUCACUUCGGUACAAGAGCUAUCCAUAUCACCGGCGUCACCUCCGGCAUACCCACCAUCAUGUUAUUCCCAGUGAUCAACGCUCUGGCCAGAGCCCAUGGGAUAGGUAUGGCGGUGUGGCUGUGUGUUACCAUUCAGCUUACACUGACGGUUAGCUUGAACAUGUGCUACCCUUGCAUAGCAUUGUUUAUCAGAGCGGCUGCUCCCAAUCGUGCCUCGCUCGGAGCAACCAAUGGAAUCGCGCAGAUGGCUGCCUCAGUAGCAAGGAUCAUUGGCCCGGCGUCUGCAGCUUCGGUCUUUUCUUAUUCAAUACAGGAAGGGCACGAUGUGUGGUUGAUAUACUACUUCUUGAUCGCCAUGGCAUCCCUAGCAGUAGGUACUGCUCUAUUGCUUCCCCGUUGUCUCAGUGUAUGGGAAGAUCGUCAAUGAUAU